AUGACGACAGCCGAGGCGACCGGCAAGGAGGACAAGGUACCGUCUACCGAGGUACCUACAGCCGCAGCCCCCAGUGAUGGAGACACAGAGGCAGCAGAUGCCAAUGUGAACGUGCCACAGAUCGCUCCUCUGGCAAAGUACAAGCUGGUUUUCCUUGGAGAUCAAGGAGUGGGCAAGACAUCCAUGAUCACACGCUUCAUGUACGACACGUUUGACAACGCAUACCAGGCCACGAUUGGCAUCGACUUUUUGUCCAAAACCAUGUACAUGGAGGACCGCACUGUGCGACUACAGCUCUGGGACACAGCCGGCCAGGACCUCAUCCCUAGCUACAUCCGUGACUCGUCAGUAGCCGUCGUAGUCUACGAUAUCACAAAUCGCGCGUCGUUCCUGAACACGAGCAAGUGGAUCGAAGAUGUGCGUACGGAGCGCGGACAGGACGUAGUGAUUAUGCUGGUGGGCAACAAGACGGACAUAUCAGAUCGACGUCAAGUGUCCAUCGAGGAGGGCUCCGAUAAGGCCAAGGAGGAGAACGUCAUGUUCAUCGAGACAAGUGCCAAGGCCGGCUACAAUAUCAAGGCGCUCUUUCGCAAAUUAGCCACUGUGCUGCCCGGCAUGGAGAACACGAUGAUUAGCGGAGACUCUAAUCUGAUUGAUAUAAAGCUGACGGCUGCACCGGCCCCGAAGGAAAACACGGCAGAGCAGUGCAAUUGCUGA